AAAUGCUGAUGAUAUAGCUGUUCGAGUGCGGGGCUCUCGCACAGGACGAGAUUUCGUGAUGGCGCCAAAUUUGAAUUUUGACAAGAUGGCGGACGGCAGUGACAAAGAAAACGAUGGAGGAGGCAGCUGUCAUCGAAAUCUUCCUCCAAACAGAGACGUUUUAGUGCCACGUAGCGAUGUCGCAUGUAGAAAUGAUGCAGUUGUGUUUGUACAUAGUCAGAUGUAUGUAGAUUUGUGCAAUAAUCUCGCCAAAGUACCAGGGAGGGCAAGUGCAGUUCAUGGACUGAUUGAAGCUUAUGGGUUAACAAAAGAAUUGAGACUUGUUGAGCCUCGGCCGGCUACAGUUGCAGAGUUGACGUCCUUCCACUCGACAGACUACAUCGACCACCUGAGGAAGGCCAGUGCAGAGGAGGACGAGGAGAAGGACAUUGAUGUGUCGGAGGAGUUUGGUCUGUGCUAUGACUGUCCCAUCCUGCCGGGUGUGUAUGAGUAUGCAGCCAUGGUUGCCGGGGCGACCCUGACCGCUGCCCAGUGUCUGAUAGACGGGGAGUGUCGGGUGGCCAUCAACUGGCACGGCGGCUGGCACCAUGCCAAGAAAGACGAGGCAUCAGGUUUCUGCUAUGUGAAUGACCCAGUGCUCGCCAUCCUGAGGCUCAGGGAAAGGUUCAGUAAAGUGCUGUACAUCGACCUGGAUCUACAUCACGGGGAUGGUGUAGAAGAUGCUUUCUGUUGUACGUCUCGAGUCAUGACGCUAUCUCUGCACAAAUUUGACACAGGAUUCUUCCCAGGUACCGGAGACAUCCAUGAUACAGGCAUGGGGAGGGGCAGGUACUACACAGUCAACGUGCCUCUCAGAGAUGGGAUACAGGACUCUCAGUACUUCAGUGUGUUUAACAAAGUGGUUAGCCAGGCUGAGAGCUGUUACCGACCCGAGGCAGUGGUGUUACAGCUGGGAGCAGACGGGAUGAGCGGGGACCCCAUGGGCUGCUUCAACCUGACGCCCCAGGGGGUGGGGAGAUGCCUGGCGGUUGUGCUCGACUGGAAACUCCCCACCCUGCUACUGGGCGGUGGUGGUUAUCACGUUGGGAACACUGCUCGCUGCUGGACAGCCCUUACAGCACAGGUUCUGGGCAAGUCUCUUCCUCAGGACAUUCCUGAACAUGAGCACUUUACAGAGUACGGUCCAGACUACGAGCUGGGCAUCACCCCUGGCAACCGUGUCAAUCACAACACAGAUGAGUACGUGGAGGAGGUCAUCAACAUCGUUUCAGAAAACCUGGCUCAUGUUAUGUGAAAGCAACUGCCAAGUCCCCAGAGCUGAUCCUAAGGAUGGACAAUAACAGCCUGUCACAAGACUGACUGAUGACACCACCUAACACAUGCUGAAGAGACUCAAUGUUCACAGAAACACACGAGACAUGUUCUCGCAACGAUUGUGGAAAAUAGCUUUUUAUUUGUGUUGUACAAUGUGAUAAAAACUGUUUAAACUGUUUUAGUAGGAGCAGGUUUUAGUUAAAUUGUUAGCUACUGGUUACAGAAACUCCAUUUAACAUUUUAGAGUUUUAUAAUGAUAUGCAAUGACAAAGUUUUAUUCUCUCUUUGUAAAUACUCUGUGCUUGUUUUAUACUGUUGCAGCACUUUCUAAUAAAGUUUGUAAGUUUUUACAAUAUGUCCUCUAAUAUUUGUACUCUUUAAUCACUACCCUUACUUAGUUCUAUGUACUAUACACAUUAUGUAAAGCAGUCAUGGCACUGACAUGUACUUAAGGAUUACCAUGAACAUUCUGUUGGAAUCUGAUGUUGACAUCUAUUCUGUUUCACCAAGGAGGCUAAAAAUUUAGAUUUUUAGCCUCCUUGGUUUCACCCAACAAACCCAGUUAAAAUGUAACUGGUUAACUAUAGUACAUGGAUAGUACUGGUCACAUUAAGAAAUUUCAAUUGACCACUGAUAGUGUGUACAGAAGAAUAUUUCUGUACUGUGUACAUACACUAAGAUAUUACCCUAGGGUUCAACCAUGAUUUUUCUAUACUUUUACUUACAGCAUGGAGUUAGAACUCCAUGCUUACAGUU